AUGGAGAAGCGACCGACCAAGACCCCUCGCGGCCGCUCUGCUGCUACGCGAGGAGAGAGUUAUGCGCCGAAGAUCUUCGUGUAUCUUGUCAGUUCACCUCCACACCAACUGCUCCUGGGCGUUGCAUGCCUCUCCGUCUUGGUCAUAGUGCUUCUGAGCCUGGAGUUCGUCAGGUUGGAGGAUGUCUUCGAUGCCACCAACCACUUGGUUCUCAGAGUCAAGACCACGGAGCCCGUCCUGGGCUACAACAGCUGGGCAGAGGCCAGGAUGCAAGAAAACGCGACCUUGGGUCCCUUAGAGAAGGCUGUGGAGCAGGGUCUCAUCGUACAUUACGCUCGCGCCUUGAUGCUGGACGCUAGUGGACGUGUACUGGUGGGCCGCCGUGACGCCCCCGGCCUAUCCUGCCGCCAAAGCUACGAGAUCGGCGCCGCAACAAUCUGCAAACCCGGAGAGGCACCUCUUCCUUGCGCCUUGCGAGCCUUAGCAGAGGAGAUGCAGUCCGAAGAUGCCCAUGAGUUCCCGGCGGCAGUGAAGGAGCAGAAAGCUUUCAUGCUGUCCUUAGAUGAUGGCUCCGUGCACCAGCAGCUCGUCGAUUUCGUCUGCGUUUGGCUGCCCGAUGGUUUUCCAUGGAAGAGUGUUUAUACUUCUUCGUGGACCUUUGACAAGCCUGCAGCAGUGCAGCUGAAGCUCGCUGCGGCUGGGCUAUGGUGCAGUGGUGACUUCCAGUCAAUGAUGGAGGUGGCUUUCACCGCGAUUAAAAGCUGCGGCCGCCACAAUGAAGACUAG